AUGGAUUCUUCACCACGCGCGCAGAACGAUCACCACAUCGGCCGUCGAGUCCGCGAACUCUACCGCUACUUCCAACCCGAACCAUCCCCUCAACCGACCCUUGUCUCGUCGUAUUUCGAUUCAUGGGCGUCCGGUGAUACAUUGUCCAGCGACAAUGCAACUGUUCCUGCUGUUUCGACGGCUUCCCUGUCAACGCCGGAUCCCACGGCGGGUCUCUGCGCGGGACCGUCGCCGGGUGAGGGAUUGGUGCUAGGGAACCCUAACCAGACAUUAAGUUCGUUUGCGCAAUUGGCCGCUUUGCGCUUGGGUGUGCAGCGAGUUUUGAUUAGUGUAUCGGAUCGCGACUCGCAACACAUCCUCGCCAACUCAACGGCAUUGCCCAUCGACUCCGGACAAACGGAUGGCUGGUCCGAUUUAUCGACAUCUAACCACACCUGGAGCAUCUGCAAGGUGAGUAUGAUCCCACCCGGUACGGUAAAUCCCGGCUUAUGUACUGAACAGCACGGCCCCGUCAAGGCGACUGUUGCGCUUCCGCCUUCGACGCGAAACCCUCCGCAGUAUAGGUUUCUUGUCAUUGACGAUAUGAGCAAAGAUGAUCGCUAUGCAUCGCUUCCGUUUGUACAAGGAGAGCCUGGUUUCCGGUUUUAUGCGGGGACGCCGUUGACGACGGAGACGAAUAUCAAUAUUGGAUGCUUUUUUGUGCUGGAUACGCAGCCGCGGAGUGAGUUGACGGAUGCGGAGAAGGAGACGUUGGGAUCGCUGGGGAUGAUUAUUAUGGAUUAUUUGAAGAUUAGUCGCCAAGCGCAUGAAGGACGGCGCGCGACGAGAUUGUCGCGUGGUCUGAGUUGUUUUGUUGAAGGUGGUCGCAGCCUGACAGAAGAAGUACAUCCCUCGUACAUGGGUAGUCCUGCUUUCCCGAACGACAACUCCAACAGUCGAUUAGGUGGCUCCUUGGACAGCGGCGGUCCACCCUCCAGACGAUCCCACAGCUCCGACACGCGCUCAAUCAGCUCCGAAUCCGAAAGCAAGGCCGACUCAUUACCUUCUGAAUGGGGGUCCAGCGGCCACAAAGGCGCCCCCUUCGAUGAAACGCAAGAUACUUCGUGGCCCUUCAAGCGCGCCGCGAACCUUCUCCGCGAAUGUCUGGAACUAGGCGGAGACGGUGGUGUGAUUUUCCUCGAGGCCGGCAACAACUGCACGUUAGAUUCAGAUUCUGGAAGCGACAGCGCAGGCGAGACGGGGAAUCCAGCACCCACGCUGGCCAUCUCAACUCUCGAGGACCCGUUCGGUCCGAGCACGGAGUCCAAGGUUACUUGUCCAGCCAUGAACCUCGACCGCGGCUUCCUCCUCCGCCUAUUCCGCCGCUACAGCAAAGGUCGCCUCUGGGGCUUUCACCGCGACGGCAUGCUCUCCAGCUCCGACGACGACGACAACGACGAACCACGCGUCAGCCGCUCCCGCUCCCUGAGGUCCAAAACCGGCGACAUGCCCCUCCCCCGAAGCGGCAAAGGGAAAUGGAAAGCCAUGGAAAACAAGCUCCUCAACCAAUACUUCCCCAAUGCCUGCCAAGUGCUGUUCGUACCGCUAUGGAACGCGGGAAACUCGCAAUGGUUCUCUGGCUGCUUCUGCUGGAAUACCGUCGAGACGAGGGUGUUUAGUCCGAAUGUGGAGUUGAGCAGUGUGCUUGGGUUCGGGUCGUCGAUUAUGGCGGAUUACAGCCGCAUUCAGUCGUUGAUUUCGGAUCGGCAGAAGGGGGAUUUCAUUGGGAGCAUUUCGCAUGAACUGCGCAGUCCGCUGCAUGGGAUUCUUGCGGCUGCGGAGUUUCUUCAGGGCACGCAGCUUGAUGAGUUUCAGAGCUCUUUGCUGGAGACUGUUAACGCAUGCGGUCGGACUCUACUCGAUACUAUGAACCAAGUCCUUGACUUUAGCAAAAUUGUCUCGCUGGAGCGGACGUGGCGCAACAUCAAAAGACACAAGGCGUCGCCGUUGGAAGUCCGGGGUAUGGAGAAGGUGCAUCUGGACUCCUAUGUAUCCACAGAUCUAGCCGUGUUGGCUGAAGAAGUCGUCGAGGGCGUCUGUAUGGGUCACGCAUAUGGACAGCGAGCUACCGCCUCGGCUGAGCAGCCAGUCAUACUACCGCAUACAACGGCGCGAGGCCGGUCACAGUCACAAGGUGAUCCGAGUAAGCGGACGGACGUGGAGGUUAUGAUGGACAUUGCACAUAAUAACUGGGUCUACCGCACACAGCCCGGUGCGUUACGGCGCAUUCUCAUGAAUAUCCUGGGCAAUGCGAUGAAGUACACCGACUUUGGCCGUGUCUCGAUACGGUUGGAGGUUACUGAGGUGUCUGAAUCUCGUCUGCGACGAGGUAGUUCAGGAGGUGCUGAGGACCUGGUAACCCUGACCGUGUCGGAUACGGGACGUGGUAUCUCUGAGGAGUUCAUGCGCGCGCGAUUAUACACCCCGUUCGCGCAGGAGGAUUCGCUGGCUGUUGGUACUGGACUAGGCAUGUCAAUCGUGCGGAGUCUCGUUCGUGCUCUUAACGGAAGCGUCAACACCUACAGCCGACCUGGUAAGGGCACGAUGGUCAAGGUGACCUUACCACUCGAACGGCCACAACCCGAAAUUAAGGACGCACCCGAGUCCCCGGCUCCGCAGCCCAGCGACAAAGUCACACUGACUCAAGCCCGUCUCCUCCGAGACGCCUUCGCCGGCCGCCGCGCGACAAUCCUAGGCGUCGACACAGUAACCGCAGCGCAGCAUCCACUGUGGUCUGUUAUCGCGCACUACGUAACAGAAUGGUACGGUCUCGAGCUGGUCUCGUGGCCGCCACCCACCUCCACGCCCGUGAACCUAGUCCUAGCAGAUGAGCAAAUGCUCGCCGUUGAGCAGGACACUGGUUUCAUAACUAGUGUUCCAGCGCUGCUUGUCGUGUGCAAUAAAUCAGUCGACUACGGCACCGCGAAAACAAAAUGGGCACACCUCGCGCACUCCGUCGAAACGAUCCGCCAACCUUCCGGCCCACACAAACUCGCCCGCAGCAUCCGCAAGUCUCUCGAAAGUGUCCCAGACACAUCGAACACCUCGAUGAGCAUCGUCCUCCCGAACCGCACCACCUCGCAGGACACAGUCUUCUCGCAAGGCAGCACCGGCUCGCUAAAAGACAGACGCAUUGAUCUCACCGGCGUCAACCUCGACCUCACAACACCGCCGGAGCUAACAAAUAGUUCCUCGGGAGGGAGUACGUCUUCCAAAUCCCCCGAAUCAGAGUCUGAGCCGCCGAUGCCGUAUACCACGACCACGGGUCCGCUUCCGCUGUCUUCGCCGUACGUCGAAAAGGAUGAGCAGUACUUGCCUACUGCGCCACACUCACCGACUACGACUGUGACCGAACUGCCCCAGAUCGAAUUUGAGGGCGAGCCUGAGCCCGAGGUUCAGGACCAUGCUAAAGCGAGGGUCCUCGUCGUGGACGAUAACAGCAUCAACCUGAAGUUAAUGAUGACAUUCAUGAAAAAGCGCGACUUGCUCGCCCUCGACGCAGCGGAGAACGGUAAAAUCGCCGUCGACGCUGUUGAGCGGAUGCAGGGCUACGAUCUUAUUUUCCUUGACAUGUCAAUGCCCGUCAUGGACGGCUUCGAAGCAGCGCGCACAAUCCGCUCUCUCGAAAAAGAGAACCGCACCUGGCGUCGCGCAACCAUCAUCGCAUUAACAGGACUCAGCAGUCCCCGCGAUGAAGCUGAUGCGUUGACCUCGGGUGUUGAUUUAUUUCUCACAAAACCCGUCAGCUUCAAGAGUGUAGCGGGGUUGGUGGAUGAGUGGGAGGAGAAACGCAGGGGUACUGUGAAAACAUGA